GGCAAAGGAGGGAGCGGCUGGCUGUGCCGCCGCCGCCGCCCGCCGGUACUUGAGCCGGACUCGCGUGCUUUCUAGUUUUUCCUCCUGGGUGUCUCCCCGGGAGGGGGGGCGGGGGAGUCGGAGAAGAUGGCCGAGGCGGGGCUGGGCGCAGCUGGGAUUCAAGCGCCGCCGGGGGACUCCGGAGCCUCGGCGUCGUCGGCGGGGCCGGGAGAGGAGUCGUCGGACAGUGAGGGGGAGCACGAGGGACCCCAGAAACUCAUUCGGAAAGUGUCCACCUCGGGCCAGAUCCGGAGCAAGACCAGUAUAAAGGAGGGUUUACUCUUGAAGCAAACCAGUUCUUUCCAGAGGUGGAAGAAGCGUUACUUUAAACUUCGGGGCCGUACACUUUACUAUGCCAAGGAUUCAAAGUCACUAAUAUUUGAUGAAGUUGACCUGUCUGAUGCCAGCGUUGCUGAAUCAAGCACAAAAAAUGUCAACAAUAGCUUCACGGUAAUCACACCAUUCAGGAGGUUAAUAUUGUGUGCAGAGAACAGAAAAGAGAUGGAGGAUUGGAUCAGCUCUCUGAAGUCUGUACAGUCCCGAGAACAUUAUGAGACUGCACAGUUUAAUGUGGAACAUUUCUCAGGGAUGCAUAACUGGUAUGCCUGCUCCCAUGCUCGUCCCACUUUCUGUAAUGUAUGCAGAGAGAGCCUUUCUGGAGUUACUUCUCAUGGCCUGUCCUGUGAAGUAUGCAAGUUUAAGGCUCAUAAAAGAUGUGCAGUCAGGGCCAUAAACAAUUGCAAAUGGACUACAUUGACUUCAAUUGGAAAAGAUAUUAUAGAAGAUGAAGAUGGUGUUGCUAUGCCUCAUCAGUGGCUAGAAGGAAAUUUGCCAGUCAGUGCCAAAUGUGCAGUUUGUGACAAGACUUGUGGCAGUGUUUUACGCUUGCAAGACUGGAAGUGCCUUUGGUGUAAAACUAUGGUGCACACAGCUUGCAGAGAUCUGUAUCCUCACAAGUGUCCACUUGGCCAAUGUAAAGUCUCCAUUAUUCCACCCACAGCACUGAACAGCAUAGACUCUGAUGGAUUCUGGAAAGCCACGUGCCCACCAACUUGUGCCAGUCCUCUCUUGGUUUUUGUUAACUCAAAGAGCGGAGACAAUCAAGGAGUAAAAUUUCUCCGACGAUUCAAACAGUCACUAAAUCCAGCUCAGGUGUUUGAUUUAAUGAAUGGAGGACCUCAUUUAGGUUUACGAUUAUUUCAGAAGUUUGACAAUUUCCGAAUCCUUGUGUGUGGAGGAGAUGGAAGUGUUGGGUGGGUGUUGUCGGAAAUUGAUAAACUCAGCUUACAUAAACAGUGUCAUUUGGGAGUAUUGCCUCUUGGUACAGGAAAUGACCUUGCCCGUGUCCUUGGAUGGGGAGGGUCAUGUGAUGAUGAUACACAACUUCCUCAAAUUCUGGAAAAAUUAGAACGCGCUAGUACUAAAAUGUUAGACAGGUGGAGUAUAAUGUCAUAUGAAUUGAGAUUACCAUCAAAGCAAUCUAUACUUCCUGUCACACCAGAAGAAGAGACUGAGGAAUGUCAGAUGUCGGUAUAUGAGGAUUCCAUUGCUGCUCAUCUGUCUAAAAUCCUUGACUCUGAUCAACAUUCUGUUGUCAUAUCAUCUGCCAAGAUAUUAUGUGAAACUGUAAAAGGCUUUGUUGCCAAAAUAGGAAAGACCUGUGAAAGACCGGUGGAAAACACAGAAGCUGAUACUUUAGCCAUUAAAUGUUCAGAACUGAAUGAGAAGUUAAACCUGUUGCUUCAGGCUCUUCAUGCUGAAGCCAAGGUAACUCCUGUAUUACCACGGGUCACUCCCCCCAUUGCAGAAGAACCUGAGGAGUCAUCAAGUGAAGAAUCAUUGUCUGAUGUCAGGGAACAAGUGACAGAGAGCAAGACAGUAUCUCCCACACACCAGACCUUCAAGCCAAGGGAGCAGUUAAUGCUCCGAGCAAAUAGUUUAAAGAAAGCCUUAAGACAAAUAAUUGAGCAAGCCGAAAAAGUUGUGGAUGAACAGAAUGCUCAUACAGAACAGCAAAUAAAUCAGUCGCCAGUAGAUUAUAGUAAGGAAUUAGAGGAAUCCAAAGAAGAAAAAGAUGAAGAUGCAAAGGAAUCUGAGUUGCAUCCAAAUGGACAAAGAAGUCGCAUUCCUUCAUAUGCAAGUUCUUUUUCAGCCACAACCUGUACAACCAACAAAGAAAACCUUCCAGUACUAAACACAAGGAUAAUUUGCCCAGGUCUAAGAGCAGGUCUAGCUGCCUCUAUUGCAGGAAGUUCUAUUAUCAGCAAAAUGUUAUUAGCCAACAUUGACCCAUUUGGCGCUACACCUUUUAUUGAUCCUGAUCCAGAAUCACUGGAAGGAUAUUCAGAGAAGUGUGUCAUGAACAAUUAUUUUGGCAUUGGAUUAGAUGCAAAAAUUUCCUUAGAAUUUAACAAUAAACGAGAAGAACAUCCUGAGAAAUGCAGAAGCAGGACAAAGAAUAUGAUGUGGUAUGGUGUGCUUGGUACCAAAGAAUUAUUGCAGCGGACCUACAAAAACUUAGAACAGAAAGUUCAGCUUGAGUGUGAUGGGCAAUACAUCCCCCUCCCAAGUCUUCAGGGCAUAGCUGUUUUGAAUAUCCCAAGCUAUGCUGGUGGAACUAAUUUCUGGGGUGGAACCAAGGAGGAUGAUAUAUUUGGGGCACCAUCAUUUGAUGAUAAGAUUUUGGAGGUUGUCGCAGUCUUUGGCAGCAUGCAGAUGGCAGUUUCACGUGUUAUCAAGCUGCAACAUCAUAGGAUAGCCCAGUGCCGCUCAGUAAAGAUCACCAUACUUGGAGAUGAAGGAGUCCCAGUGCAAGUAGAUGGAGAAGCAUGGAUCCAGCCUCCGGGAAUUAUUAAAAUAGUACAUAAAAACAGAGCACAGAUGUUAACACGAGACAGAGCUUUUGAGAGCACACUGAAGUCGUGGGAAGACAAACAGAAAUGCGAUUCUUGUAAAGCAGUUCUGAGAUCCCCUUUGUACCCUCAGCAGGCUGUGGAACUGGCGACAGAAGAAGAGGCUUUACAAAUCCAAUUGUGCUCUCAGGCUGCAGAAGAACUGAUUACUAGAAUCUGUGAAGCUGCAAAAAUACACAGCCUGUUGGAACAGGAGCUAGCUCAUGCUGUAAAUGCGUGUUCUCAUGCAUUAAACAAAGCCAGUACAAGAUUUCCUGAGAGCCUCACCAGAAGCAUAGCCCUUGAGAUUGCUGUCAAUGUGAAGGCACUGCAUGAUGAAACUGAAUCCUUGUUAACAGGAAGGGUUCCUUUGCAGUUAGAAUCCCCUCAUGAAGAACUGCUGUCAACAGCUUUGAACAGUUUGGAAACUGAAUUAAGGAAACUUUCUGAAAUUCCUUGGCUGUAUUAUGUUCUGCAACUGAAUGAUGAUGAGGAUCUUCCUUUGGAAUAUGCUAAAAGAAACAACAGAAGCACAGUAUUCCGUAUAGUGCCAAAAUUUAAAAAGGAAAAGAUUCAAAAACAGAAGACUAGCCUUCAACCUGUUCAGAAAUGGGGCACAGAUGAAGUUGCUGCUUGGCUGGAUCUACUCAGUUUGGGAGAGUACAAAGAAAUCUUCAUCAGCCAUGACAUCCGAGGCACUGAGCUUUUGCAUCUGGAAAGGCGAGAUCUUAAGGAUCUGGGGAUAACGAAGGUGGGUCAUAUGAAGCGAAUUCUUCAGGGAAUUAAAGAACUUGGGAGGAUCACACCUUUUUCUGAAGUAUAGUGUUACUGCUACCCCUCUUAAAGAAGAAACUACUUAUGCAAAGCGGUGGAGAUAUGCAGCCUUCUGUGCAGGUUACUGCAUGGAUAAGUGCGCUUCAGUAGGUGACAAGUGUAUUGUGUUCGGGCUGUUGUUUAGUAAAAAGAGCCUGAUAUGAGAACUUGAAAAGUUUUCUGUGUCUAAAGAUGCUGUGAAGUAUAUUGUGAAGAGCAGUUCUAGUGUGUAUAUUUGGGUAACGUUCCUUAGGUAGCUUAUGUAUUACCUGAAAAGGGUAAUCAACAUAUGUAUAAUGUUUUUCUCAGGGGAGCAGCAAAUAACUGUAUGAAAUGAUACUAUUGAGUUUCAGAAAUUCCUGAGGUGUAAGCUUACCUGGAAUCUCUUACAUGAUGCUGUAUGGGUUUUCAGGUGACAGUAAUACCACAGGGAUCUCUUGUUCUGUUUCUCUUUCUGGCCAAAAUACAAGGCCGGAGCCAUGGCAUAUAACACAAAGGCUGCAUGGUUUGGCUGCCUCAGCUGUCCUUUUUGAUGCAUGACACAUCUGGUAUUUUACACACUUGAAGAACUUUUAUAUCUGUUUUAAUAAGAUUUAAUUUAUUACUACUCUGUGUCUCAUGUUGCUUGAAGAUUUGUUCUGAUGAUAUAUGUUACCUAAGCAUGUAAUGUACUAUGGAUAUCUCUACCCCACUCUUGCAAGGGAUGUAUACUAAAUAUGAUGAAAAGAUUCUGAGCUCUGGCUUCAAGUUGGCUUCAAAGUAUUUUUUAACAUGCUGGUACCUCAAAAAAUUAUGAGAUGGCUCCAAAGAGAUUAUUGGAAUAUUUCCUUUAAUGCUAUAUAAUAUGCAAUAUUUAUCUCUUAUCACCUCUCUUACAGCAAGUGCUAGUUUACCUCUAAUGUCUGAACCUCAAAACAUAAUACAGUGUGGUGGAAGUGAAGUGGGUAUUUGCUUACUGAGAGACAGCAAUCUAAUUGUGUACAGUAACCUAAAAUUCCUUCAUAUUGAAGAUUUCACAAGGACCAAUUUUGUGACUAUCUGGGCUUGAUUAUGCAAUUUUUAUAAAACUAGUUAAGUUAAAAACAAGAUGAAGUAAGUAACAUCACCACAAAACAUGUCUUUUCUAUAUACAGUAAGCAGAGGCUUCUUUCAAUACAGAAAUGCAUUACCUUCUUCAAAAACCUAUAUUGUCUGAAAAGUGUGCAGAGGCUUUUUAAAUCAGUAAAUGUAUUAAUGUGGACUAGGAAAUCGGCUUAAAAAUGUUUGUUUGAUUUAACUAUAACAUUCCCUUUCUAAAACAUUAUGAAAUGUACUUUUUAAGUACAUUUUAAUUUAGUUUUUAAGGUGUGAUACUGAAGCUUUUAAGCUUUCAAAGGGGAAAUGCCAUAUAAGAGAUCCAGAACUGAUAUGGCUCAUAUGUCUAAAGACCAUGUAGCAGUGAAAGGUUUUCAGAAACAUAAAGUUGUUGGUCAUAUUUGCAUAUAGCAAUAAGCCAAAAUCCAGGAGAAUACUGGCUUAUCAGAAGCAGGAGCAAUUGAGAGAAUACAUAAUGAGCACCUUGUUAGUGAGGGAAAUUCUGGAUUCUCCAGAAUUCUGACUUAUUGUUAUCAAAUGAAUGCAACCGGUAUCUAGUAGAAGGCUAACAACCUUCUUUUAAUAUAUGCCUAUCUUUACCUUCUUGCUUAAGCAGUCAUAAUCAGCAUUCGUAUCUCCAGUGAAUGUAAUCAAUCCAUCAUGACAUCUGCAAAAAAAUGUAAUUAAGGUUAGGCAGUAGAGAUUGCUCUGCAGAUUUAUGGCAGUAAUUUAUCAUUUAGAGUAGGGAAGUGUGUUUUCUUAAGUUAGAUGGACCCCCAUUAAAACAGAACUAAGAGUAUAAGGAUUUUUAAUUGACUGCCUUUGGCAUUGGUACUAACAAUAUAUGAACAGAUUUUUUUAUUUGUUACAUAUGCUUUUAAAUAUAAGAACUUGACACUGGCAUUUCAUACUGAUGAACCGUUGAUUUCAUGAUAGUAUAGCUAUUUAUUGUUUGUAAUUGUGGUGCAAAAUGCAAACACUAAUAAUGUUCUGGUUUUAUGUGGGUAAAUUAAGAACUGUUAAUAUCAUUAAUAUUUUUUAUCAGAUAUGUUGGCAAGUCUUCCCCUACGAAUCCCAAGUCCCAGUCUGAAUCUUUGGGCCCACUGUCUGCACAGGCCUGGAAGGUGGUGUGGCAAUGGCAAGAGCAGGUGUGUGUGUCAGAAAGUUGGUUCCAAAUCACAAGUCAAGUCCCAGUCAUUGAAAAAAACAACAACCACAAGUCGAGCCUGAAUCAAAUCACUGGUGCUUCUUGAGUCAGACUCAAACAGCUCGUUCCCAUCCCUGUUUCUUAUGCAUUAAAGUCCCGUAAGUUAUAAAAGGAACUUGUCUACUUUUCAAAUGAUAGAACUAGUGUUGUCUCAAAUGUGAUGGCAAAACCUAGUGAUGGAUUUGGGAAUUAAAUAUGACGUCUAACAUAUUAACUGAAAAAGUAACGUCUUAUUAAGCAGAUAUCCACAGCUAUGGUGUUGCUGCUCAUUUUUUUGAAUAUACUUUCAUUGGGUUCCUUAUUUUAGGGUAGAUAUGUAGGUGUCCUUUGUAAAAGUAAUCUAGAGUCUUUAAAAACCCCACCAUUUUCAGCAACAGGUUUCUAAUGCCGAAGAUUUUCUAUACUUUUUUAAUGUUGGUUUUUUCCCCCAACAGAUCUAUAGGAGCACUGAUGUGCACACCACCCCAUGAAAAGUUUUUUUUAUCCAUUUUAAAGAAGGGGGAGCUGUAUUCCUGCAAUUAGACAUGUAGAAAAGCAAGCAAAAUAAGUUUAUUGUGUGGCACACAGGCCAUUGCAACAUACA